UGAUGCCCCCAUCACUUUCACUUCACAUCAGUCUCUCUUCCUUUAUCUUUUUCUUCGUUCACUUUCUCUUUGUCUCAUUUCCAUUUUCCUUUUCUCUCCAAAACAAAACAAAGAAACGAAACGGAGACACAAACAGUUUAUAAAAAGCUCAAAAACAGCUAGGGUUUCUUUUGAUUUUCUUCACUUAAAACCUCCCCCCGGAUUUCUUCAUAUCCCAGUUCAAACUUGGACCUUUAAAGGAAUGGCAGAUAUUUGAUGAAUCCUUGUUGAAGUGGAAGGUUUCUUAAGUGCACGGCUGCCUCCAAAGAUGAAAAUCUAACAUGUCUUCUGUUUUGGUUCAAGUCUCAAGUUGAUAAUUGUUGGCUUCAAUAUAUUUCUGUGGAUUAAUUUUGUUGACAUUUGACUAUGCUUUGUUCCUGAUAAGCAUGUGGAGUUCCAUAAUUGUGAAAAAUCUUAAAAUAGAUUACCGGACAACCUUAUUGUGCCAAUAGAAAAUAGCUAAUACGGGUGCGCUUUGUUGUGUGGCCGCUGGGCCACAUGGAACUAAAUCACCGACAAGCAGAAGGGAUUCCAUGGAUCGUGAUGAACCACAUUGGAGGAUAAACUCUAGUUUCUCACCCCCUCCAUCGAGGAUAUUGGACUGUAGGUUACAUUCAGAUGGUUUGCGACAUGGGUCACAUUGCGCUGGUUUACAUGGUUCAUCACUAUCCUCAAAUAGCAGGGGUAGCAGAAGCAGGGUAGGCAGUGAAGGCUGCAUCAACCAUCACCAUUCUGUUUCUGACGGUGCACUCUCUUAUUCUGGCAGCCCACCUGAUAAUGCUCAGCUACCACAAUGGACAUCACCCAUUCAAAGGUUCAAUACAGAGGAGCUCCCUUUCUCUAAUGUCGGAGGACCAAUGCCCCAGACCUCUUGGUUCCCUUGCUCCACUGAGAGGCGAUAUGCUGUUAAAGCAACUGCAGCAUCCCCUAGCUUUGGAUCCCCUUCCUCACUUUCUGAGUCUAGUCACUGGGAAUCCACCAGCAAGCAGCCCUUCUCUUUUCCCAACCGCAACUUCUCUGGUCGACGUUCUUACAUGUCAAAAGCUGUUUACCCACUAGUGUUUCGCAACCCUGUGUCAGAUAAUGAAGCCUUUGGUGAUGCUGACAUUAAUAGUGUUGGCAGGUUGACACCUAGUGAGGAUCGCUUCUCACCAUUUCACUUGCAUGAAAACAGUUCUAGUGUUGAGCACAAGUUUCACAAAACCCUUUCUGAACUUCAAAGGUCUGAAGCAUCACCAGACCCCAGUGCAAGCUCUAGAAGAGAAGGUUUUAGGUGGAGCAGUGCCAGUAGCUAUGAUCUGGGGUUAGAUGGAGAAAAGUUUGACAUGGCGGAGCAUGUGGAUGUGGAGCGCCUGAGGUCCCCUAUUGGUCCUGUGGUAGACCACAAGUGUGGGGUUUGUGGAAAACUUUUGUGGCAGAAGUCCCCCUGGAGUUCACAUCGAAUAAUUAGAGGUGGUGACAUGCCAACUGCUGGGGUUCUACCCUGCAGCCAUGUGUUCCAUGCUGAAUGUUUGGAGCAAGUUACCCCAAAGUCCCAGAUUCAUGAUCCUCCCUGCCCAUUAUGCCUCAAAACCAUUGGAGCACUAGAAGAAUCUGCAUCAGUUUCAGAACCUUUGCAAGUGGCUUUAAGAUCUUUGCGGAGGAGCAGGGGUGCGAUGAUAUCUGAAGACCAGGAAGAUGAUGAAGUCUCAAAUCAUAUCAAGGAAAAAAUAAGGAGAAACUGGCCUCGACCGGCCCCACGAUGGAAUGACAGUGGUUCUUCGAUAAAAAAUCGUCUUAAGAAGCAUUUCACGUUUAAAGGGAAAGUAAGUAAAGAUAUAUUUAGCACCAAGGUAUUCCAGAGGAUCGGAUCAUCUUCUUCUUCAAGCAGGGAAACGGUUCGACAUUGAGUAUCUAUUUAGUAGUUCCAGAUAUGCAAUUCACUUGCAAAUAGAUAGAUUUAGUCAUUCUGUGAACUCUUUGUUUCCUUUCAAUAUAUUAUCUUUUUACUCUUGUUCACUUUUCUCAAUAUAGUAGAAAGAACAUCUUGGAUGCCUUAUUGCUUA